GUAAUAUCCGCCCCACUUGUGAUCUACGUACCAGCUUUAGCUUUCAACCAAGUGACGGGCUUGGACGUGCAUAUAGUUACGCCUAUAGUGAUGUUGAUAUGUAUAUUCUACACGUCAAUUGGUGGCCUUAAAGCUGUAGUAUGGACAGAUGCAAUACAAGGAGUCUUCACACUGGGCUCCAAUUUCUUCGUUGUCGGCCUCGGCUUUAUGUAUGUUGGCGGUCUAAUGCAGGUUCUACGCACAAAUGAAGAAGGUGGUCGACUCGAGCUCUUCAAUAUGAAUCCCAGUCCAUUUGAAAGGAAUACAUUUUGGUCAGUAUCAAUCGGAUCUCUAUUCUACUGGAUUUCUCAACACGCAGUACAUCCUGGAGCGAUGCAAAGGUUCAUUGCAGUGUCUUCACUACAGAAAGCUAAGGGAGUUAUGCUUUGGAGUUUCGUCGGCUUUGUCGUCAUCAAAGUCGUUAUCAUACUGGAGGGACUGCUGCUGUAUGCCACUUUCCAUGAUUGUGAUCCAUUGGCAACUAAGAUGGUAAAGAAGUCCGGACAGCUGCUGCCUUAUUACGUAAUACAAGUGGCAAAGGACUAUCCUGGACUCACGGGACUUUUCAUAUCAGGGGUACUGAGUGCAGCGCUCAGUACCAUGUCGGCGAAACUAAACACAGUCGCUGGAACUAUCUAUGAGGACUUUGUCAAAUUCUUCUUGAAGGGAAAGAGGUUAUCGGAGGCCAAACAAGCUUUCAGCCUCAAAGUUAUCACCUUAAUUCUUGGAAUUAUAUCUAUUUGUCUGGUUUUCGUCGUGGAAAAAUUAGGAGCUUUGUACCAGAAUGGAUUUACAAGUGGUUCUCUUGUGGGAAUUUUCAGUUUGGGAAUAUUUUUUCCAAGAGCAAACUACAAGGGCGCUAUCGCUGGAGCCCUAACCAGCCUCGUUGUGAUGUCAGGGAUAAUAUCAGGGUCUCAGCUGUAUAUAGCACGUGGAAUGUUGAGGUUCCCCGGCAAGUCCACAAGCGUCGAGGGGUGCCCUGCGGAGUUCAUAGAAAAUCUUGGCUUCAAUGUAUCGGCUCGUGUCCAAACUUACAAGGGAGUGGGCACACCGGUAGUGGCAGAUCCGGCAGUUCCUCUCCUGUUCCAGUUGUCCUACAAGUAUUUCACCGCCACUGGCUCUAUAAUAACGCUCCUGGUAGGUCUCCUUGUAUCCUAUCUCACGGAUCCUCAGGGAGACACUUCACAGCUGGACCCUCGCCUGCUGGCUCCGUGUGUCAGGCGAUUCCUCCCACCUAGGGAGAGGCCGAACCCGCAAGAAGAGCUCAAGCUAAUGACCUAUAAUAAUAAAAAUGAAGAUGCAGUUAAGUGUUCAUGAAUGAGGAAUAAGUGUAAAAUAUAAACUUAGUGUAGAGAGUAAGUAAAUUAAGAGGAUUUCGGAUAUUGGCCAUGGCGUUAUGUUACAAAAGUAUAACACAACGUUUCGAGGAUUGAAAUCUAUUACCUUCGUCAGGUGGAGGGUUAUUAGUAGAACAUACAUAAUAAAGAACAAAAAGGAGAAAAGGAAGGAAAGGAAAGGGUUCAAAAAUACCCGAAAGCUGCUUCGAGUCUAAUCCAGGCGUUGUCACUGCAUAGGAUAAAAGUCCUGAAAAGUGGUGACAUGUCCUCAGGAGUUUUAUCCUGUCCGGGAAUAAACUCCAAGCUGCUUUCGGUAUGUUUGAACCCUUUUCUUUUUCUCCUUUUCUCUUUUGUUUUCUUUAUUUUUGAUGUAUUAAUAAUCCCCUCACCUGACGAAAAGUAUAAACUUUAAUUCUCGAAGCUUUAUGCUAUACAUUUUGUAAUAUAUAAUGAUGGCGAAUGUCCGAAAUCGAGUUAUCCUUUGAAGCCUUCAAUCUUCAAUAGCAAACAUUAAACAAAGUAACGUAAGGUAUUCACAGUAUUCUAAACACUUUAAGCUCUAAUUAUAAAUAGCCUUUUUGUAACAAUAAUAAAUUGUAAUUUCGUAGAUUUUGGAUUAUAAAAAAUUUUUAUCCAAAGAUUUUAAUAGUGUUAAAUAAUAAUAGUUAUAUCCUAAGACGGCAUUUGUCAAGACAAUGUAAAUAAGUUUAUAAUAAAGAAAUAAAAAUAAGAUUUAUUAAUAUAAAAUUGUAAAAUAUAUUGAAUUAUUUUGACGUUCAAACCUAAAUAUUUUUGGUAAUGUACCCAAUACGUUAUAUGAGAAAUUCAUAUUCACACUAAGUGUGUGUAGAUGUAGUUUUACGUUUAAUGUAUUUCAAUUUGGUUUUAUUUGCCAACUUUGCAGAUUUAGAUUUAGAUAUGACUAUUCGUUGUUUUAACAUUUAUUUUUAUAUUGAUGAAAAUACGCAUUGAAAAUCCAUACUAACAAUGUUCAAACAUUCAUCUUUGUUACAUUUUUUAAAUAAAGUAAAACUUGUAUUCUUAACUAUACUGUCUUGAUAUUAAAUAAACGAGAGCUAAAGAAUAAUCGACUUACUCCAUGUAGUUAGU